AUGCCAGCAGGCGGGGCGGGACACGCCGGAGGGAACAUUGUUCCCGAUGGCCGAACACUGGUGAACUGCAGAGACCUCAACAAGGCACGCGAUGCAUACCAACUGAGAGACAUCGAAGCAACGCGGGCAGCCCAUAGCCUCGAUCUUUACCGAGAACUGGCGGGCGAUCACAAAGAGAGUCACACGAACACCUCGUCGGAUUACGUGAAGGCGGUCGUCUUUGGAGGCCUCGACGGCAUUGUCACCAUCUUCGCGAUUGUUGCCGGAUGCGUUGGAGCGGAUCUGAGCUGCUCUCAGGUCCUCAUGGUCGGUCUUGGGAAUCUCCUGGCGGAUGCCAUCUCCAUGGGCUUCGGGGAGUACGUCAGUGCCGCAGCCGAGAAGGAUUUCGUGGAAGCGGAGAAGCAGAGAGAAGAAUGGGAAGUUGAGAACUGCCCCGAGGAGGAGAAGAGAGAGAUGGUGGAAAUCUAUACAGAGAAGUAUGGCUUCUCAAGGGCGGACGCGCAGUCAAUGGUUGAUAUAACUUUUAAAUAUAAAAAGUUCUUCGUGCAGCAUAUGAUGGUCGAGGAGCUUGGCCUUAUGUACGGAUUUGAUGAGCCCACCCCAAUUAAGAGAGGCUUGGUCAUGUUCACCGCCUUCUGCUUUUUUGGGCUUCUUCCCCUGGCGGGCUUCAUUGGCUGGGUUGCCGCUUUCGGACUGGGAGCUGAGGCAGAUAUGGCCUUUCUCAUGGCCUGCGUGGUGUCCAUCUUGACUCUAUUCGUCCUUGGAUUUUCAAAGGGGAAGUUCGUGGGACAGAAUCCAACUAAAUCCGCCUGUCUGAUGGCGCUGAAUGGAAGUUGCGCCGGCACAGUGGCUUACGGCGUCGGCAGUUUGCUGCAGCUUGCGGUCGGCGCAAACAUGUCUUCCGGUUAG